AUGUCAAUGAAGCAUACGAAGGGGAAACAAACAAAGGGAAAGCAAAAGAUCGAGAUGAAGGUGGUUGAAACCUACGCAGACAGAAUGAUUACGUUCUCAAAACGUAAAUCAGGGAUUUUCAAGAAGAUGAACGAGAUCAUCACACUGUGCGACGUGGAAGCGGCUUUCAUGGUUUUCUCUCAAGCCGGAAAGCCUUACACAUUCGCACAUCCGUCUAUGGAGAAAGUGGUUGGCCUGCUGAGACAUGAACCAUCCUCGAAAGACGUUACCAAUACGGGAGCGCUAGUCGAAGCUUAUAAGAGACAAAGGAUCGAGGAACUCAUGAAAAAAUACGUUGAUCUCGUUGAGGAGCUAGAGAUGGAAAAGGAGAAUGUGAAAAAUUUGAAGGGGUCGAGAUUCGAAAAGAAGUUAGACAAAAUGUGGUGGAACAUUCCUUCUGAAGGCUUGAGCAUGGAGGAGUUGAAGCAGAGGCACCAAGCGUUUGUCGAGUUACAUGAUAGUUUAUGCGCUAUCAAUAUCCAGCGGUUGGGGAAAGACUGUGAUGGUUCAUCUUCUGGUCAUGUGGAGCGUGGACAUUGUGGUGAAGGCGAAGCCGAAGCAUGA